AUGCUCGGCCCAGCCCCUGUCCUUCGGUGUCGCGCUCAUCGUCUAGUUGAGCUCAGCUCCCGCCGCGAGAAAAGGGGGGAAAAAAGGAAGAAAACAGCGGUCCCGGCGGAGCAAAAGGAUACACUGGAGCUGCUCCGCAUCCUGGCCGCCCAAGCUGACGGCGCUGUCGGCGCGAAGGCGGUAGAAGCCGCCGCCAGCCAUGGUAUUUCUAUCGGGUCUGUCGACGUAACGGACAAGGCCAGGCUGCGGAGCGGCAAUCUCGUCAGCACUGCCUGGAAAGAGGAGAUGAAUCCUCCCCAGACUGACAGCACCGUGGCUAUCAGCUCCCUGCGCGCCGGAGGCGAGUCGCGUGUCACGGCUGGCAACACGUACGCAGAGAAAGAAAGUUUCUGGAACUGA